CGGGCCCGACCCUGCUCCUGUGCUGUUUGGUAUGAGAGGGAGGUGAUGUUUGGGUCCGUGUACAAUCCCGCUCCACCAUGCGGCAGAAUAGCGGCACUGGGACUCUCUCCGGGAGAGUGAGAGAGAGAGUGAGUGAGGCGGCAGCAGCUGCGGAGCGAUGGGGCUGAGAGCGGGUGAAGGCACUGCUUCCUCCGCCUUUACCUAGUGCUCCCCCGGGCAAGGCAAGGGGCACAGAGCGGCGCUACCCCCUUACUGCUGAUUCGUCUCGUUGUGGCUGUGAAACUGGAGGCGAGGCGUUGCUGCUCCUGCCGCUGGUGCUGGUGCUGCUGCUGCUGCUGCCAGUGACCUGCAGUGCUCGCUGUCUCUGUCUCCGUGCCCCUGUGCGCUGGCGCUGGCGAGCAGUGCAUUCCUCCCUCCCUCCCUCCCUCCCUCCCUCGCUGCCCGUCUCUCGCUCACACCUCUCGCCAGCCGACCGGCGAUGCAUCGGAUAUAACGGCAUCAGGGCAGCAGCAGCAGCAGCAGCAGCGCUCUCAUACACACACACACACCGGCCAUGGGCAAGGACCAGGAAUUACUCCACGCUGUCAAAAGCGAAGAUGUGCCAGCAGCACAGAAGCUCCUGCAGCGGCCCAGACAAGGCAAAGCCAAGCUUCUAGGAUCUGCAAAGAGAGUCAACGUGAACUUUCAAGACCUAGAUGGGUUUUCCGCGCUGCACCAUGCUGCCCUCAAUGGGAACACUGAGCUCAUCUCGAUGUUGAUCGAAUCCCAGGCUUUGGUCGAUAUCAAGGACAACAAAGCGAUGAGACCGCUGCACUAUGCAGCUUGGCAGGGGAAGGCAGAACCGAUGAAGAUGCUUCUGAAGGCGGCCUCCAGUGUCAACUCACAGUCGGAGGAAGGACAGAUCCCGUUGCAUCUCGCGGCUCAGCACGGACACUACGAAGUGUCCGAGAUGCUGCUGCAACAUCAGUCAAACCCAUGCAUCGUCGAUAUCGCUGGCAAGACACCCUUGGACCUUGCCUGUGAAUUUGGCAGAGUUGGGGUGGUGCAGUUACUUCUCAGCAGUAACAUGUGUGCAGCUCUGUUGGAAGCAAAGCCUGGAGACAUCACCGAUCCCAAUGGUACCAGCCCGCUGCAUUUAGCUGCCAAGAAUGGACAUAUCGACAUUAUAAGACUCCUGUUGCAGGCCGGAAUUGAUAUAAACCGCCAGACAAAAGCAGGAACAGCGCUUCACGAAGCUGCACUGUGUGGGAAGACUGAUGUGGUUCGCUUGCUGUUGGAAAGUGGAGUUAACGCACAUAUCAAGAACACCUACAACCAGACAGCCCUGGACAUUGUACACCAAUUCACAGCAACACAAGCAAGCAAAGAAAUCAAGCAAAUGCUCAGAGAUGCCUCAGCUGCCCUGCAGGUCAGGGCGGUGAAGGACUACUGUAACAACUAUGACCUGACCAGCCUUAACGUGAAGAUAGGAGACAUUAUUACAGUCCUAGAACAGCAUCCAGAUGGGAGAUGGAAAGGCUGUAUCCAUGACAACAGGACUGGCAAUGACAGAGUGGGUUACUUCCCAUCAUCUAUUGCGGAGGUGAUAAACAAGAGAUCAGGUUCUUGGGAUGCAGUGUGUCAUGUUCACAGUUCUCAGCAAUAUCACAAGAUACAGCUUACGGCUUAUGGCACUACAAUUGUCAAUGGGGACUCCACACAACAUUUAAACUCCCUGUUGCCUCCCCCUCCACCUCCUCCUCACCAUCAUCAGCCACUUUUCAGUUCCUUUGGUUAUGACAGAACCAAUAGCAAUAUAGAAGAAUCACCUCAUGGACAAGGUUCCCGAGGAUCGGAAUCAAGCCCUUCCCAUCUGUCCCCAGUGCAACCAACCACGGCAACGUCUGAGGAGAUCUGGGUGCUACGGAAACCAUUUGCAGGUGGCGACCGCAGUAAUGCAGGCAGCACAGGAAGCGUGGCCAGCGUUCGGAGUUCUGGGAGCGGCCAAAGUGCAGGCACCAGCACCGCAGCCUCGGGAUCUGACGGGAAUAAGCUACUGCAAGUCGUUCUCUCCCAGAAAGGAUCAGCUUCGGAAACAGCAGGAGGUGACGGAGCUUCCAAAUCCGAGCAAGCUGCAGGGGUUGUUCGGCCCCAGGGCGCGGCCAGUGGUCCUGUAACAGAGCAACCGUAUGGCGAACCUCAACUGAAGAAGGCAGAGACACUAUCAGAAGCAAAGAACCCAGAAACAGUUUUUAACUGGCUCAGUGAAUUCCAACUCCAGCAGUAUGCUGCUAACUUUAUCAAUGCUGGCUAUGACAUUCCAACCAUCAGCCGCAUGACCCCAGAGGCUCCUGUCUCCAUUCAGCCUCCUUCAGCUAAGAAGGAGGAUGAAUGUCGAGCAAGUGGUGGACUCCUCGUCAACUUUGGCACCAACUCAGUCGACAGGAGGUGUGCUGCCUCAGGGGCAAGGCAUUCUAAGCCAGACUUACCUCCCCCCAAGGAUCUAACAGCAAUUGGAGUAACAAAACCCGGACAUAGGAAAAAGAUUGCCAUUGAAAUAAAUCGCCUGAAUGUCUCAGAGUGGUUGCCCGACUACCAACCAAAUGAUCUGAUGGAAUGGCUCUCAAUCAUUGGCCUUGCUCAAUAUUACAAGACACUUGUGGAGAAUGGUUAUGAAAACAUUGAGUUUAUCACUGAUAUCACCUGGGAGGACCUUCAGGAAAUUGGCAUCACAAAGCUGGGUCAUCAGAAAAAGUUUAUGCUCGCCGUGAAGAAGCUGGCCGAAAUCCAACGUGCUUCCAGGUAUGACUCAGGCACCCUGAAGAAGAAAGCCCCACAGUCCUUGGAGAUUGUUGCCAUCGAGUCUCCUCAGGGGGAGAAUGCCGAAUGCCAAUCUCCCAAACUGUCCACCUUCCAAGACAGUGAACUGAGCAACGAGCUGCAAGUAGCCAUGACCAGCAUCGGCGAAGCCAAGGACCAGAGGCAAGCGAGCAACCACGCGUCACCUGCUCCAGAAAGCACAGCAUACCACCAGCCAGGGUGUGGGCAGGAAAGCGACAGCAGCAGCGGUGGUGGUAAGGCCAACGGUACUCUAGCAGAUAUGUCAGGAGCGGGGAACCGCCUGCAGGCAGCGGCACUGUCCAAAAGCCAGGAGAACCUGGUGGCUCCCACCCACCGAUCCGGCUUCAACGAACACUUGGGCCACACCAAGCGGGCACACCGCCAAGGGGUACAGAGGGCCAGCGUGCCCCCGGCACCCGGGAAACAGCGGGCACCAUUGUCCCAUGGGCACCACCAAGCAAUGGUGGCAUUGUCCACCUUCACCCCUCCACAGACCCCGACCAAGCCAGGGACAUGUUCGUCUCAGACCCUCAACGUGCCCCAUGCCACGGCCAAGGUGAAACCCAUCCCUCAGCUGCUGCAGGCCGAGAGGCCCAUGUCACCCCGUUCGCCCACACACCGGGGCUUUGCCUACGUGAUCCCGCAGCCGUCAGAGGCCGAAUCCACGGCCACAACCACAGCUAUGCCGGUGGUGCCGGUCCUCCGCCUGCCGCCUCCCUCCACCCCUCAAGAUGGGGGUCAUCACGACCCGGGCCGGCCCAAGAAGCGGGCCCACAGCCUGAGCCGCUACGCCGUGUCGGACAGCGAGCAGGAGAAGGACGAGCUGGCCUUGCCGGACGCCGGGCCGUACGCCACCAUCCAGCGGCGGGUGGCCAGGAGUCACUCGGCCCGGGCGCCGCCGGCCGCCGACUCCGGCGUCAACCGCAGCCAGUCAUUCGCGCUGAGGCCCAGGAAGAAAGGGCCGCCGCCGCCUCCCCCCAAACGCUCCAGCUCCGCCAUCUCGACCACUAACCUGGCCGACGACCUGUCCCGACCCGAGGAGAUGGCGGCGAUGCCGGUGGAGACGGUCAGCGCGGGCAGCGUCCGCUCUAUCGCCGCCAUGUUGGAGCUAUCGUCCAUCGGCGGCGGAGCGCGGGCUCUGUCCUUGCGCCGCUCCUUCAAGGCGCAGAGGUUUCUGGAAGACGGCGGGCCGCGGGUGGCGGUGGCGACGCCGUUAACGGCGGCAAUCUCCGGUAGACGCGUGUCCCGCGACGCCAUCGGCCUGGACGGCGAAGUCAUCAACCGCCGGAGGACCAUCAGCGGCCCGGUCACCGGGCUGAUCGCCGCCGUCUCGUCGCGCAGGGACCCGGCCAACAACCAGCCUUUCGCCGAGGAUGGCACCCUGACCAUCAAGCAGCGUCCACGGCUAGCCGGCGCCGACAUGGGGCAGCACGGCCAGGGCCUAACGCCGUUAGAGCUGAGGAGAAGCAGAGUCAGGCCCGGCCACGGAGGAGACUCGGCCGCCUUUCACCUCAUCGAGUCGAGCACGGUGAAGAGGCGGCCGAAAGCCCGCGGGGCCGAGUCUCCUCCGCCACCUCCCCCUCCCUUCGACACCCAGCUCCACAACGGCAUGGCGGCCGCCUGCAAGAGGAGGCCCGCCUCCGACAUGGCCGAAGGAGAGACCUACCCCAGCUUCCUCACCGUCGGAGACCUGCCCCGCAGGAACAGCGAGCACGGCGGGCAUGCGGCCAACGGAGAGUCCCGCAGGCCCCUCAAACCCCCCGUCUCCCCCAAACCAUCCAUCGGGCAGCCGGCGACCAAGCGGCCCGGGCCACCGCCCACCAGGAAGACUCCUCUGCCGGGUCCUGGCCCCGCCAGUCCAUGUACAGAGGUAAAGCGUGCACCUCCACCUGUUUCCCCUAAACCGAUUCUACCUCCCCCUCUGACCCCACCAAAGCCCAUCAAGCCCCAUAUUAUUCUUCAGUCACUGAGUGCUGGUCCCACCCCAGUCCCUUCUCCCGCCAAGCAACCAACCAUCAAGGCAGCAAGUACACCAGCAUCCCUUUGCUCAAGCCCAGCUAAACCCAUUGCUGCGGGUCCGCCACACCAGGUCCCAGUCAAACCGCCAAGGUCUUCGAUAUCUGGGCCAUCCAUAGAGAUAGCCACGACAGAUGUAGCACAAAUGAAACUCGAGGAAACCAGUGCAUCGCUGGCAGCUGCUUUACAAGCCGUGGAAGAGAAAAUUAAACACGACGAGGGGCAGGAGCAAGAGCCGGCCACUGAGGUGAAGAGCACAGGCAGCAUCCUGGACGACAUCGGCAGUAUGUUUGAUGAUUUGGCAGAUCAACUGGACGCCAUGUUGGAAUGAAGGAAGGGAAGAAAGAUGGCAGGAAAACCUCAGGACUCAAUGUGGGCACAAUGAUCUUUGAAAUCCUACCCAGACCAGUCUUGGACACAAUUUCCCUUCCUGAACCCAUUUGAUUUUGUUUUGGUUUGCACAAUUCACCAAACAAUGGAAGUUUAUAUUACCUCAGGAUCUUACCGCGUGAAGAUCUGUGAAUUCACUGAUAUCAUCUUUGAAGGAAAACAAGGUUUCAAGAUUUGGAUAUGAAAUUGAAGCAGAGAUGUGAGGUUCAACUGUUUUAAUAUUGAUCUCGCAAACGUGAAAAUGUUUAAACUUCUAAAGUUACGGUUCAAAAAGAGUGUUAAUGCAAACUAUAGUAUAUGUACACUGUAUAGACGAGGAAUAAGAUAGGUUUGUAAAACAUCCAUCGCAGCCGAUGACAACUUAAACAAGUCCGCAAUGACUUGGUUGAAUUGUGAUUUUACAUUUCAAGUUGGUGUUUUUUCCCUUUGGGUGAAAGGCCAGUGAGAGAAACAGCUGGGAUUUAAAAUGACAUGUUUAUGAUACUUAUUCAUUGAUAGUUAUGCAUUGGUAGUAUAGUGGUUCAAUAAUUAUACAACAUUUGAUUGGAGACAAAAGUUCACAUCCCACCACAGAACCUUGGGUUUAGAUGUAACUAAAUAAAUCUAGAAUAAAAUGCUAAUAUAAAUGGUGAUCAUUAAACUAUCCGAUUGUAAUAAAAUUCAUCUGGUCCACAUAGGCCAUCCUAAUCAGGCCUAUGUGUUACUCCAGCCUAACAUCAAUGUGAGACUCAAAAUGUCACGUAUUCCUUUUAUUCGGAGAUGCUGCCUGACCUGCUGAGUUACUCUAGCAUUUUGUGUCUAUCUUCGGUGUAAACCAGCAUCUGCAGUUCCUCCCUACACAUCAAUGUGAUGAUCCACUUGAUCAUCCACUUAAUGGCCCAGCAACGCAUUCAGGUCAGGGGCAGCUAGGGAUGGGCAAUCAAUGUUGGUCAUGCCACCUAUGCCAAUGAAUAAAUGAAUAAAUAACACAUUGUUAGCUUUGUCAGUUAAAUGGCAUAAAGUGUAAAAGAGAGCAAUCUGCAGCUUCCGUGAUGAGAAGACCUGAGUUAAGACUUUCAGAGUUUUUGUGAGAUUUGACGUGGGUGAUUGAGUGAUUUGUGACAGAAAUACAAGCAUUUCUACUUUGCUUUUUAUAGUCUUGGGCCAUUACAAAGUGCUCUACAACCAAUGGAAUGAUCUUUGAAGCCUAGUCACUGCUGUAAUGUGGGAAAUGGUUUUUAUGGAGACAUUUGAUGAAGGAUUAACAUUAUUGGUUAGGAUGAAAUUAUGUUUGAGAGUUAGAGAGCUGCCUUGAAUGAUUAAUUGAUAAGUACUGCACCCAUGACAGUACCUGAUUUGAUAUUUGUUUCUGGAUUUGGAAGCUACAUUCAUCUAGCUUAGAGCGCCCAGAAAAAGGGUCUAUUUGGCCAGAUUGCCUGUUCCUGGUCUCUAUCCAAUAACUCCUAUCAGCAAAUCCCCUUGCAGUAACCUUGAAGUCACAUUAAGUGUUAACCAUCAGCCCUGCCAAAGUUGAUUAGUUUGCGCCAUUCACUUUCUGUGGUCACAUAUGGUCAAUGGUUGUUUAGCUGAAUGGCAGAGAAUAUUUGAAGAGAGGUCACGGUUAGCAUGGUGGCGCAGCGGUAGAGUUGCUGCUUUACAGCACCAGAGACCCGGGUUUGGUCCUGACUAGGAUGCUGUCCGUAUGGAGUUUGUAUGUUCUCAACGUGACCUGCGUGGGUUUUCCCCGGGUGCUCCGCUUUCCUCCCACACUCUAAAAACAUACAGGUUUGUAGGCUAAUUGGCUUGGUAAAAUUGUAAAUUGUUCCAAGUGUGUGUAGGGUAGUGUUAGUGUCCAGGUAUCGCUGGUUGGCAUGGAUUCAGUGGGCCGAAGGUCCAGUUUUCGCACUGUAUCUCUAAAGACUAAACCAAAAGUCAGAGAGCAGCACCUUCUCAAAGAAAAUCACAACUCAAAACAUACAGAUCAAUAAAUAGAAAACAGCAGCUCUCAUAUAAAUACUGCCAAAACAUGAGAAACUUACAUUUAUAUAACACCUUUCAAAGAAUUGGGUCAUCCCGAAGCAUGUCACAGUGAUUGAAAUACUUCUGGAGAAUGGUUACGGUUAUCAUGGCAAUCAAUGUGCAUUCAGCAAGACCUACAAACAGCAAUAUGAAAUGAUCAGAUGAUUAAAUUAUUGGCCAUGAUGUUAAGGGCGAACCUCUGUUCUUGUUCAAAAUUUUACCUUGAGUUUUACCUAUGUAAUUGUACCUAUGAGUGUCACUGGCAAGCUUGGAAUUUAUUGAGGAGAUGGUGGCAAGCUAUCACAAUCUGUGUGAUGAACAUAAGAAUUUGAAGCAGGAGUAGGCCAUAUAAUGUUCCACUGCGCUGUUGAACAGGUGGCGAUUUAUUGCCAUGCAUGUGCAAAGUACUUUAACAGGCAGCAGCAGAGUGCCGAACAUGAUGCCAAGUGAAACUAAUCUCCUCAGCCUGUACAUGAUACAUAUCCUUCAAUUCCUUGCAUCAAUAUAACACCUAUUUCUUCCUCAGAAUAUUCAAAAGUGCUUUAAAGCCAACUAAUUAUGUUUGAAAUACAGCAUAAUGUAGAUAACAAGGCAGACAACUUUUUUGAUAACAAUAUUUCUGAAGCAUCAGUGACAUAAAUGAACAGGUAAACAUACUUUUAUUUGAAGAACAAAUAUUGGCCAGAAUUUUCAAGAGAUGUUUCCAUGUUUGGUUCCAGAUAAUGCCAUGAGAUCUUUUACAAACAUCCAAGAUGGCAGGCAGCUUCUGAGGGUAGCAUCUCAUCAGAGAGAUGGCACUUCAGACAGUGCGGUAUGCCCUCAGUACUACAGUGGGGUUGUCAGCCUAGAUUAUAUCCUCCAGUCUGUAGAGCGGGAUUGAAGCAGUGGUUUUGCAGAUAGAGAAGUAUAGGUGCUGCUGUUUACCCAUGGAUGAUGCAUUGAAAACAACGACCAGCUAAUCUGUUUUAGUGAUGCUUAUUGAGAGAUAGAUAUUGGACAGAACACUGGGGAGAAUGACCCUGCUCUACCCGUUACAGUGGCGCGUCUGUAGAGUUUCUGCCUUACGACGCCAGAGACCCAGGUUCAAUCCUGACUACGAGUGCUGUCUGUACGGAGCUUGAACCUUUUCCCCGUGACUGCGUGGGUGUUCUCGAAGUGCUUUGGUUUCCUCCCACACUCCAAAGACGUACGGAUUUGUAGGUUAAUUGGCUUCGGUAGCAUUGUAAAAAAUGUCCCAAAUGUGUCGAAUAGCAUUAGUGGAUGGGGAUAGCUGGUUGGAGCGGACGUGGUGGUCCGAAGAACCUGUUUCAGCAUUGUAUCUCAAAAGUCUAAGUAGUGCCGUGGAAUCCACGAGAGAGCAGAAAAGCCUUACAUUUAAAGGAUAUCACUUCCAACGAUUCAGAACACCCUCACUACCGUUGUGGGAAUAUGUCAGCUGAGUGGAUUUCUCCCUCAAAUGUAUCCGUGGAGUAUAAUGACUUUCUCUGGGCCUAGAUUCCAUGCCCAAAAUGGUUUGUUGAACACUCUUACUGCUCGCUGAUUUCUUUAAAGCUGAUUCAGGACCACAGGGCUCACUGUGGAACGCAGAUUAUUCGACAAUGUUGGCAACAAAGGUUGCAGGCUCCAUCACUGCCAGGGAAGCUAUAUUGCCAAAGUUUCAAUUGGUUUUGGUUUGCCAAGGCAGAAGAUAUGAGGCCAUCCUUUCUCCAUCAAUAGUACAUUAUGUUUUUUUGGGGGGGGAAAAAUAUUUAACUGAUUGUUUUCAGUAAAUUCAAAUCGUAUACUGGAUGGGCAUUUAUGAUUUUAAAACUGUUAUUCAAUAUAUAUAUAUAUAUAAAGUUGUUAGAUUCACCAAGUCAACUAAAGACAUUGAUAUAUAAAUAAUUCAUUCAAAAAAAAAGGUGCUUUUGUUAUAUUUUAGUCUGUCUUUGCCAAGAACCCUUAUUGCACAGAUUCCAAAAGUCCAAGGCCCAAGAGAACUGAGGAACACACAGUAUUUUUACCAACUCUACUUAGGUACAUGUGACAAUAAAUUACCAUUGAACAUAACGUAUUACUGCAGGAGCUGCCAAUGAGAUGCCUUUGGUAGAAAUAACUCUUCAUUAAUAUGUAAAAUCAGACUAGCAAGAAAAUGAAGCGAAACUCAAAAGAAAGGCCCGUCACUCUCUGCUUUUCCCUACGUUCUACAUUUCAUGUUCUCUACGUUCACAUGCUGAUCUCUUGCUAAUUAGACAUUUCAAAUAAUAUGACAGGUUAAACCAGAGUCACACAAGGCUUGUCACCUAGUGCUUUUCAACUGCUUUCAACACGUUUACGGCUCAGAUGUACCAAGUGAACGUGCCCUUAAAAUUAAAUCAUUUGCCUUCAUCUUAUCGGUUGAGAUUAUCAAGUUAACUUUCCAUAUGAAAUGAACGGGCUUAGAAGAGUUGCCUGGUCUGUUUUCACACCAUGUGGUUCAUGUAGUGGAGACGAUGAAUGAUGCAAAAGUACUGACGGAGCAGUGCAGACUCAGUUAUUUCCAUUCUCCACCUUAAAGUGUUAAGUACAAGCAGAACAUAUUCUAUAUAUAAAUCCCAGGUUGGGACGUAGGCUCAAAGAUCCCAAAGGGCUUUCGCACAGGUUCUUAGUUGCACCGGCUGGUUGGGCUAUGUUGGAAGCGUAAAGAUUUGCAGCCAGAUACGCCAGUUCCGGAUGUGCAUCUUCUGCCUCCCUGUGGCAAGAAUAACACAUUACAAUAAAAAAGAAAUCCAUAUCCAUAAAAAUAAAAAUAUAAGCAAGUAAACGUGUGCACAAUAGAUGAUAUAAAGUGAAUUGGUGGGCUUUCUGAAAAUCCACAUCACUUUCCUCUUAAGAUAAAAAAAACAAGAAAUAUUUAAAAUAUUUGUGAACACUGCUGUUCAUAGUUGAGAGAUUUUACUGACCCAAAAUUCUAUAUUAAAUUAUAUAUUAAAAUUUACUCUAGCACAAGUUGAAAAUAACACUCCUGUAAAAUUCUACUUUAUUUUGAAGCCAUUUUAAAUAAAAUAUAUAUAAAUGAUGUUUUUAAAUUGUCAUUAUAAUUUUGUUGAUUAUUUUUCGUUUGGUGUUUUUAAUGUUGAAGCAGAACAUUGUAUGCAUUUUUUUAAAUGAACAAUGACGUGCCUUGUUUACGUUGAAGAUUUCUUUUGUUAAUUACUUUAUGAUAUUGAGUUGUAUUUCAAAUUUAGUUGUAUGGGUGUUCGGGUAGAACACUCCUGCUGUAAUAACAAAUGUACAAACCGUGUAUAAAAUCUGGGGUAAUGCCUGAAUUACAAUGAAUGCGUCUGCCUGUGGUUUGAAAAAAAGUGUCAAUUGUAAUUCUCGGACUUAAGCUAUUAAUUGUCUUAUAUUGUGUCCAAUGACCCAGUGUGUUUGUCAAAGUUUUGAAAUUUCUUCAAAGCCUGAAAAAUUGCCGAUGUAAAUUGUAAAAAAAAGUAACAAAAAAUUUAGAAAUCCCAUAAAAAGUUGUAUGACUGUUAUAUUUUUAUUAAGUUAUGAAACUGUAUUGUAUUUCCAUUAUGUAAAGCUAUGCAUCUUGACGCUUCAUGCUAUCCGUGUGCUACUGAAAGUGAUUAAUGUCGUUGGGUGUGUCGUGAUGUUCGAAGAGGAUUCCAUUUCUUGUCAGUCUUACCUGCAAGAAGCAACUUCGAUCUUACAGAAAGUUAAAAGGAGAGACAUUUGUCCACUCAAUGUGUUCCGGGAACCUGGUUUAUUUUUAUCUUGUAAAAAAAAGGGACUAUGUUUUUAAUGGAUUUCCUCAAGUGGGCUGGUUGCAAAAUAUGUUCGUCCUGUGGACUCUGCCAAUGACUGUAUCAUUACCAUCAUGACAGGCAUGUGGCAGUGUUGUGCUUGACUGAUUGCAUUUACUGCCAUUGGCUCUAAAUAAAUGUUAAAAGGGCA